UCAUGCUGGUGGACUUCCUAUGGGAUAAGGAUGAUUUGGGCAUGGAGGAGCUGCGCACCAUCUUGAAGCAGUUCGUUGGUCGUAGAGAUGUUUCCAUCCGAGUGGUCGAGCCCCCGGUGACUAUACCUCCAGUGGACGACAUCUUCUGUCGCGGCACCUCCCUGAUUGGACUGCGCUCAAAGAUGAGAAUGCAAGGUCGUGCUUCGAUGAGGCACCUCAUCUCUCUGGAAACAGUAGUUCAUGGCAGGUCUGGUGCGAUUACAAUGCGCCCGACAUUCACGAAAGCAUGGGGGUUCCCGUUAAGAACAUCCUGCCACUACGACGAAGUUCGUGAUAGACUCUUCAUCUUGUACGAAGGAGCUCCACAACUUGUGAUUGUUGAUUUGCCAAAAAGAAGAGUGGCCAGGAAUUGCAUUAUAAGGGGGCAACUCCCGAGUCACCGUUACCAGUUGAACUCAUCGAGACCCACGAUGAUCACCAACAGCCAAGGAGAGUUAUUCUUCGCGUGGCGGUCGGAUGGUCUGUUCACAAUCCCAACUUGUACGAUAUUUCGAAUGGAUUUGGGUCCUCACUACGAUGCUACUUCUUGUCUGGCUCUUGCCAUAAGGCAGUAUCUACCAGCCUCGUUAGUAUUAAAUCGCUUCCUGAAGGCGCCACAGGUGGUGGAUCAACCUAGAGUGGAAACGGUGCACCGGGAGAACCAUUCUCUGAUAAUAAGGGAGCUUAUGGGACCAAGUUAUUCUGAGAUCCUUCAUAUCUGUACGGCCAGGAUACCAAAUGGAUAUACUGUUGCAUGUAUGUAUCCGAUAGCGCCGCGUGUCUAUCUCUGCUCUCUUCGCCUUGAUCGUGGUUGCGACCAGGCUGCUUUACUCGUCGACAAUUCGUUAUUCUUAUGCUCCUUAGGGAUCAACCCGCGUUUGAUGCGUGAUGAGGACUGGAGAUCUGUAGCAGUAGUCCAUGAUAGAAUAUAUCUACUUAUACGUCAUCAUCUAGUCGUACUAGCACUCGAGACCUGCUAGGAUAGCAGUUAGCAUUGAUUUCGAACCGAGACGGCAGUUCUAACCA